AUGGAUACCAAGACCGAGCAGCCCAUCCAGGCUGUUGUCCUCCCCGAGGAACCCGUUUACCUCACCGAGCUCCAGAAGAAAUCCCGCGUCUCUGCCAUCUUCACCGUCAUCUUCUCUGGAUUCGCAUUGUUGUCGGAUGGUUACCAGGUCGGAGUCCUCUCACUCAUCAACGUCUGCUUCACAAAGAUCUACGGUGACUCCUUCACCUCCGAGAUGUCGACCCGCAUCGGAAACUCGCUCUUUGUCGGCUGUAUCAUCGGCCAAAUCUCCUUCGGCUUCAUCUGUGACCGUCUCGGUCGUAAGGUCGGACUCAUGAUCACCACACUCCUCGUCAUCCUCGGUGCCGCCUUGUGCGCCGGUGCCUAUGGCGCCCAUGGAUCAGUCGAGGGACUCUUCUGGGCAUUGACCAUUUAUCGUGGUAUCUUGGGUGUUGGUGUCGGAGGAGAGUACCCUUGUUCGUCGGCUUCGGCCUCUGAGGCCGCAGAUGAGGUUAUGCCCGGACGGAGAGGCAUGUUGUUUGUCUUUGUCACCAACUUUGUCAUUGAUUCCGGAUUCGUCAUCUCGGCGUUGUUUCCUUUGAUCUUGGGAGUCGCUGGAUGCUCGUAUGAGGUUAUCUGGAGAACUUCGUUUGCCUUUGGUGUCCUCCCCCCUCUUUCCGUCCUUUACUUCCGUCUCAAGAUGAGCAACUCGGAGAUCUACAAGAAGAACGCCAUCAAGAAGCAGGUCCCUUACCUGCUCAUCGUCCGCAGAUACUGGAAGUACCUCGUCGGUACCGGUGGUUCCUGGUUCUUUUACAACUUUAUCUCCUACCCUCUCGGUAUCUUUGCCGGUACCAUCCUCGACCAGGCUCUUGGAUCGGAUGCCACCUUCGUCGAGAUUGCGGAAUGGUCGUUGUUGUUGAACUGCUUCUACCUCCCCGGUUCGAUCUCGGGAGCUUUGGUUUCUGACAGGUUGGGCCGUAAGAAGACCAUGGCUACUGGUUUCCUUGUCCAGGGUAUCCUCGGAAUCUUUAUGGGCAUCUUCUACAAGAGACUCCUUGACAUCUUCCCCUUGUUCGUCGUCCUCUAUGGAAUCUUUAUGGCCAUGGGAGAGUUUGGCCCCGGUGACAUGCUCGGACUCGUCUCUGCCGAGAUCUACCCUACCGCCAUCCGCGGAACCGCCUACGGUUGGUCUGCUGCCAUCGGAAAGCUCGGUGCCUUUGUCGGAACGAGCGUCUUCAAGCCUGCGAUCGCCUCCUUUGGCCAUGGCGAUGUCAAGUUGGGUCAGGGACGUGUUUUCAUCCUCGGUUCGUGUUUGGCAUUGUUGGGAGCUGUGUUUACAUGGUUCCUGAUCCCUGACUAUUCCAAGAAGGCUCUUGGUGAGGAGGAUGAGGACUUUAAGAAGUACUUGUUGGAGAAUGGGUUCGAUUUGAGCAACUUUGGCGGUGAGGACGUUCCUGUGAUCGAUGAGGAAAAGGCACCUGCCUACGUCGCCGAGAAGGAGGAGCUCAAGGCUUAA